AAGUGCUGGCAGAGCCCCACAGCCAAGGAGAAAACGAAUGCGUGAAUGUGAGGUCUAGUCGCCCAGCAAAGACGUCAGCCGCGUGCUGCCACGAUGCACCAGACGGUGCACACGGCGCCGCGCCACUUCCCACUCCCCACACAAGAAGAGCAACUGGCGAGAAGGGCGCAAAGGCCCAGUGCACACACCGCAGAGUACAAAGAACCCCAACAGGAAGGGUGAGGUGUUGGGCAUUUGCCGCCUGCUGUGUUCACCGUAGCAGAUUAAAGCACACACACACACACAUGGCAGGCAGCAGCAGACACCGCCAACAGAGUGGGAAGCAGAGAUGA